CAUCUGGGGAAAUUUGUCUCAAGCUUAAUCGGCAAAAGUAUAAUGAAAUUGUGAACGCGAAUAAUUUUGGGAGAUCGUCUAGCUUAGAAACCGUAGGAAGCUAAUGGAGUGAUUGAUACAGUUAGAAAUACAAGCAUAAAUGUGCAAAUAGAUACGCGUGGGCAUUUUGUGUGCAUCUACGUGUGGCUAGCAGUGAGUAAGGAGUGCGUUUCUGUGCGUUCAGGUUCGGUUUCUUUCCCACUGUCUCAGGGUACGGAGGGUGACAGCCUGCGCUGAGUGUAUCCAUCUCUGCCGAAACAUCUCUUUAAAUAUUCAGUGAAAAAUAAUGUCAUGUGAAGUACCACCUAUAGCAACAUUAUUAUCUUCAUUCUUCAACAUCAUCCCCGCUGAUAGCUUCGUUUGUCUUUUUCUCAAAAUCUACUGUACCGAAUGCUGCGGGGAGGGAGGGGGCUCGCCCUGUGCAGAAAUGAAAAGAAGCGUCAGUGACCACUUUGCAACGCUGACUAAAUACUGGAGUGGCACCUGGGAGGAUUUUUCGCAGCGUGACGCGCGGAGGGGCGCGGAGAGCGGAGCUCAGGGGAACACGCACCAUCUACCCACAGCGUACGAGUAUCGCUGGAUAUACGAGAUAUUAAAAACAGCCUUGUUUGUAGCCUCCUGUGCAACUAUACUUUUUUAUUUCAAGAUCGUGACAUUUGUUUGUGAGCGGUUGCUCCUCGCAAGUAACACAUGGGCGGAAAAGUUUGGCGGGCGAUGCGUGCCGCGGCAGGAGCGCGGUGCGCGCAGGGUCCCGGCGCCGGCAGCACCGGGCACCGGGCACAAGCAGCGGCGGCGGGGAGAGCAGGGGCCCCGGGACGGCCCCGCCGCGCCGCACCCACAGCGGGACGGAGCGAGCGGCAGCGCGGCGGCGGCCGGAGCGGGGCCGGGCUCUCCCCGCGCAGGCACUUGCCGGGUGCGGGGCCGACCCUCCGGGGCCGCUGCUCCCUGCCGGCCGCCCCAGCCCUGCGUCCUCCCCCGAUCGAUUAUUGGUCACCCUCCCCUCCCUCCACCGGUGCGGACUGCGGCUUUGGGGAAAUCCAGCCCCUUCUCCUGCCACAUGGAUCGACUCAUUGGGUGGGAGCGGCGGAGAGACAAGGGUCUCCAGCAAAUCAGCGCCUAA